UAUAAUUUCUUUCUACCAUAUUGGAUUGUUUGGAGCUUGAUGCAAAUGUGAGCUGCAAAAAAAACAAAUGCUAAGGAAUUUUUUUAAACCUCAGAAAUGUGUCAUUGAUGGUUAGCACUUAAAUAUGUGAGAGAUCAUUGAUACGUGCAUGUCCCACUUAGUAUAGCUCAAUUAGAUCAACUCAAAUGUUUCGAAGGUCGAAAAGAGACAAGGAAAGAAAAGGUUCAUUUUUUACUUCUGAUGAGGAGGGGGAGAAGGAAAAAAAUGGUUCUUUAAAAAGGCAUUCGAAACUUUUUAUAUUUGGAAGGAGAGACAAAAAGAAACAUGAGAAUUUGCAGGACCAAGAUUCUCCUGAUACAGACGGCAUACGUGUUGAAGAAAGUUUUGGAAAUACAGUUACUCAAAGACAUUUUGUUCGUGCACCUCAUCAAAUAAUGAAACCUGUUGUAGAAGAAACAAAUAAUGAUACACGCAAGCAGAAUUCUUCUGUUAAUAGCCAUCAACGUCAAGUCUCCAAUAGUGGAUCACUUAGUUUAGAUUUUGGAACUGAUUCAUCAUUGACUUUCCAAAGUUUUGCUGCUGAUGUUUUACGAGCAACAGAAGAAAAAUUAAAAGGAGUUAAUUUAAAAUUGCCUGAAGUAAAAACGGAGCCUAAUUCCAAUUCCACUAGAGAAGUUACUGUUACAAGAAAACAGGAUGGUGACUAUGGUAUUGCAUUAAGAAGAUCUACCGUAAAAAAAGAUGGUGAUAAAGUUGUUCAUUUUGUUGAACCUACAAAUGAUAAUACGUCUCUUGGUUUAUUGCCUGGUGAUCGUUUAGUAUCUGUUGAUGGUCAAAAUGUAGAAAAUUGCAGUAGGGAAGAAAUCAUUGAAAAAGUUGCAUCAGCAGGUAAUUCAGUGACACUAAAAGUUGCCCCUGUCCCUGAAUUUGCUGAAUUGAGUUCAAGAACUGCUGCAGUGCAUGCUCAUUCACCCAAGCUAGGCAGAGUGGCUUCAUUAGCACGUUCAGGUAGUUCAUUGGCAAAGAUAAAGAAAAAUAAAGCAGAAAGUGACUCUGUGAAUGAAAGUUCAUGGCGCGAGUCUGAAAAGGUUUGGCUGGUACACCAAGGAGGUUAUUCUGCUGGAUUAUUAUAUAAACAAAAAAAUGCUGAUGGUGAAACGUAUUCAUGUAAAGUUAAGUUGGACCAUGGUGGCGAGGUGGUUGAAGUGGAAGAAGAUGCUGUUGAGAAGGCCAAUCCACUUCAGUUUGACAAAGUUGAAGACUUGUGCACGUUACGCUAUCUUAAUGAAUCUGGUUGUUUACAUACCUUACGUCAGCGUUAUGCUGGAAGUUUAACUUACACAUAUGCUGGUAACAAGUUGGUUGCCAUUAGACCAAAAGAUAAGUUGGGGAUAUACACUGAGAAGGUUAUGUGGAUGUUUAAGGGUUGUAAAAGAGAAGAUAUGCCACCCCACAUAUACGCAACUGCCCAGACAUGUUAUCGGACAAUGUUUUCAGCAAACACUAACCAAUCUAUUGUCCUUCAAGGUUGUGCAGGCUCUGGGAAAACCUAUAAUUUGCACCAAUUGAUAAAAUACUUCACUACGGUAACAAAAUCAGCGGAAAGUAAUGCUACAGCGAUGAGCAUGGAAGCUGCAUUAUCAUUGAUUGGAUCGUUUACGCAAGCUAGAACAAAACUUUCUCAUAAUGCAUCUUUUGGACGUUUUUUGUAUACUCUCGAUUUUGAUACUUCAGGUCUUGUGAUAGGUGCUUCAAUACAGAACUUCUUUUUGGAUAAAACUCGAGUUUCAAGGAUGGUACCAAAUGAAUCGUCAUAUCAAAUUUUCUACGAGUUACUUGAUGGUUGCGAUAAAAAGUUGAAGCAAGACCUUUUCCUGGAUUCUCUCCCAAGGGAAGGAAACUUUUUGUUUGAUUUUGAACAAAAGUUUUCUGAUAAAGACACACACCUGCAAAAUUGGAGUAGGCUGCAAACAGCCUUCCAACAGUUAAACAUAUCUCCUGAUGAAGUGAAAGGGAUUAUUUCACCCAUUGCAGCUAUCCUGCAUCUUGGUGCUGCUGGAGUUGCUACAACACCUGGAUCGAAGCCCUACUUUAACAAUCCCACCUUUGCGCAAAAGGCUGCAAGUAUACUUGGUACAACAGAAGAGAAUCUUUCUCGUAUUAUAUUUACAUCGUCUGUACAGAUGGCAUCCAGAAGUCGUUCUGGUUCAACUUUAUCAAGGUCUAAUUCUACUGCAUCACGGAGCUCUGUGACAUUUAAUAAAUCUGAUGAGAGUGGACAGAGAGUUGGUGAUGUUGUUUCACCUACAAUGUCAUUACUUUCGUGCGAGACAAUGUAUGAUAACUGUUUGAUUUCAUUGGAAGCAUUUACAGCUGGCCUGUAUGUUGAAGCAUUCACAGCUUUGAUGAGAUUAAUAAAUAGAGCAAUAAAUACAGCUGCACGGGUAUCCUCUGUUGUUAAUAUGUAUGAUGGACCAGGCUUUCAAAAUAAAUUGUUAAUUGGAAAAAGUGGCACGUUUGAAGAUUUAUGUUCAAAUUAUUGUUGUGAAAAGCUCCAGUGGUUGAUGCACUAUUGUACCUUUACUUCACAAAUUGAGAGAUAUAAUAGGGAGAAUAUUGAUUGUAACUACAGCUACGAAAUAACUGCAUCUCCAGAUAUGACUAUUGCUGUUAUUGAUAAAUUAACCGUGGAUCGACGGAUUUCACAUGGUGAUAUAUCUGAUGCAAAAGGUUUGUUCUGGAUGAUAGAAGAGGAAGCAGUUCGAUCAAAUCCCAGUGAAAUUGCACUAGUUGAAAAGAUCAGAACACAACAUACUGUAAACAGAGGAACCAGUAUAGUGACAACUGAUGCCAAUCUUCCAGAAAUGUUUAUGGUAUCACAUUUACAAAACACAUGUUCAGUUAAGUACAAUGUUAAUGGAUGGUUGAGAAGAGUUCGAGAACAUCCUGCUGUGAAAAUGGCAUAUAGUGUGUUGUCAGACUCAUCUAAGUCCCAUGUAACAGAGUUAUAUGCUGGACAUCAAAGUGGAACAUUCCAGGCUGAAGGUUCGCAACAUACACGUGGAAAUCGUAGAAGGACACAUGGUCAUACAGCUUUAUCAUCAGUUAGAAGAAACUCUGUCAGCAUGCAAUUAAAAACUCAAAUGGAACGCAUACUUGAGAUUUUGGAUCGUACAACAGUUCAUUUUGUCUACUGCUUCCUGCCAGAACCUCUAGAUGGAUGUUUAAAUCCAGUGAAACAAUCAAGUAAAAGAGAAAAAUCAUCAGCACCCGUUUUUGAUGUUCCAUUUUUACGACAGCAGUUAAAAAGUGCACACUUGGUUGAAAGCAUGAGGAUUCAUAGGCAAGGUUACCCUGAUCAUAUGAAUUUUUCGGAAUUCCUUCGCAGAUUUUCAAUCCUUUUACCAAAAGAAAAUGAAGAAAACCGAACUAUACUUGAUGAAAAGCAGACUGUCAGUACGAUGAUUGAGAAGUUGGACCUUGAAGAUCGUAGCUACAAACUUGGUAUAAGUCAAAUUUUCUUUCGAUCUGGUGUUUUGCCGCAGCUAGAAGAUACGAGGGAUGAAAAACUUAGUGAAUCUGUUACUGAAUUUCAAGCUUUGUGUAGAGGUGUCUUAGCGAGGAGAAAUCUGAAAAAACUAAAGUUACAACUCAUGGCUAUCCGUUGUGUGCAAAAAAACGUGCGUAAAUUUUUGUUGGUUCGAAAUUGGCCGUGGUGGAGAGUGUACACAAAGGUUUUACCAUUGCUAGAUGUUCACCGAACAGAACAGGAGCUCAAAAGCAAAACAUCUGAAGUUGGUACAUUACAUAACAAGAUCAACAAACUAACCAGUGAAAAUAGCGACUUAACAGAUGAAAAUGCAAGACUUAAAAAGAAAGUACAAGAAUUAUCAUCACAACUUAGUGAGGUGCAUUCAUCUGCAAACGGUGCAGGAGAGUUACUAGACCACGAGACAGCCGAAAGAGAAAGAUUGGAAGAAGACCUUCAAAUAGCAAAGAUGGAAACUGAACGUAUCCAACGGCAGUACGAUCAGCUACAAACUGAGUACUGUGAUAUGAAGGUUCAUUCUAUUUCAAAUGGUGGUUUUUCUUACGAGAGAGGAGUUGAUGCAGAAGAACUGGAAGAAAAUGAUAAUGUGUGGAGACAGAAGUACAAAGCUUUGUCCCGCGAGUUAGAAAAUACCCGCAGAAAUCUGACUGAUCAAGCUGAAGAGGAAAUUCAAGAACUGAUGAACUUAAAGCGAAGCGGUGAAAAAGCUCUUGCGGAAGAACGAGCAGAAUCAGAUGAAGCGCGUCGACAACUAGCGAACACGAAACGUAAGUUGAACAAAGUCAACGCAGAGAUGGACGAUUUGAAAUUGUUGCUUGAAGGUUUGCAAGGGCGAAACUCAAACGUGGAGAAGAAGCAACGAAAAUUUGACCACGAAAUGCAAAAUCUGCAAGAGGCUCUCGAGCAAGAGCGGGCACUUCGCGAGACAGCGCAACGAGAGCGAGAUAAAAAUAAUUCAGAGAAACUUGCUUUGCAAAACAGUAUAACUAGCUAUGAAGAGGAGAUAAUUCAACUCAAACGAAAAAUCGAUCGCCUCAAUGAAGAAAUCGAUGAUUAUGGCUUGUCAGGAAAAACAGAUGCUGAACUUGUUGCGGUCAAGAGAAUUCAAAGAGAACUGGAAACGAAGGUACAAGACCAAGAAGAGGAGUUGGACGAGCAAGCCGGACAAAUUCAACAACUGGAACAGGUUAAAUUAAAAUUGGAAAUGGCCAGUCAACGAGACAGACAUCAAUUUCAAAGAGACUUGGACAUGAAAGAUGAGGAUAUCGAACAAAUGCGAACAGAUCACCAAAGAAAGAUGCGCGCAUUGGAGGAGCAGUUGGAUGAAGAAAUGAAACGAAAAGACGAUGUUAACAAGGUGAAACGUGAGUUAGAAAGGCAAGUGUAUGAACUUCGAAGUUCUACUGAUGAUGUUGACAGAAGUAUGGAAAGACGAUUGAAGAAAGAAUUAAAAAAGUUGAGGAUUUUAUAUAAGGACGCGAAAACAGCUUUGGAAAACCAGGCUGCAAGAUCAGGAGACUCUUCUGAAUUAAAAGCACUUCGAAAUCAGCUCGAGGAUGCGGAAUUUGCAAAGCAUAUGGCGAUCAAAGCGAAAGCUCAAAUUGAGACUGAUCUAGAAGAACUUACAGCUCAGAACGAAAAUUUAUCCAACGCAAGAGAAACGAUUGAAGAGAAAUGUUUGAUAUUAUCUCGAGAAAAUGCCGAACAUUUAACGCGCUUAGACGAAAUUGAAGAUGAAGUUGAAGACUUGAUUCGAAAAAAUAAACAGCUUAUCUCGCAGGUGUCGGAGGCUCAAGGUGCUGUGUCAGACGCUCGUGAAAGAUACAGAUCUAUCGAAGAUGAAAAAGAUGUUCUUUCACAGAAGGUUGAUAUGCUCACUCAAAAACUGGAAUCUCAACAGAAAAAUAUGAUUGAAAGAACAGAAUUUGAGCGGCUUGAAUUUAGGCUACGUGACAUCGAAUCAAAGUUCGAAACAGAGACAGCCUCAAAGAUAAAGCUAGAGCAUCAAGUCAACCGUUUGAAAGGCCAACUUGAGCGUGUGUCGGAUGAACGUACAGACUUACAAAAUAAUCACAGCCGUGUACUGCAAACUUCUUCAAGAUUCGAGCGGCAAGUAAAAGAAUUUCGCGAUGAGUUGGAAAGCGUAAAAGGUUUGGAAGCAGAGCAUAAAAGACGCAAAGAAGAGGCGGAGAAUCGUUUGCAAAACAUGGAAGAAGAACUAUCGCUCAAAAAGACGGAACUGUCUCUUGCAGAAAAACGUAUUCGUGAUUUGCAAGAAUCCCUUGAACAGGAGAUGGCUGCUUCUUCCGACGAAGACAUCACUUUAGAUGACGUCUACGGAAGUGACGACAGUUUAACGUCGCCGGCAAAUGUUCGAAGAUCUAGCUCACGCCGAAACAGAUCAUUUAAAUUUUCGUCCAGUUCCUUUGAAACAAGCUUAACUUCGCCGUCUUAUCGGCCACGUAAAAAUGAAGAUAGUUACAGACCUUCCAACGGUAUUUUAGGCCGAACCUCCAGUACUUCAAGACCAACAUCUUGAUCGCUAUACAGAACAGUAGUUUUGAAUAAUAGGUUUAAGUUUUGUAAACAUCUAUGCUUUUAAAAUAGUUAUAUCCCUGCACAGUUUUAUAUGGUAGGCCAUGUUUAUUUUAGCUCAGAGAGAAUUAUUUAUCCAUAUUUUGUACUCCCUAGCAAACCGUUAGCAAACGCACAUUAUUUGUAGAUGGAAACUUCAGUUGGACACAGUAUUUAUUAUAAACCAUAUAUAUUUAUGCCAUGUUUUAAUAUGGAUAUUUAAUGCCCAUAUAUGGCCUUUUGAUUUUAUAUUCAAUUGAAUACAUUGCCUAUUCUAAAACCUACGUCUUCAUUGUUUCAGUAUAGAUAAGUUUGCCCAUAUAUGGGCAUGUAGUAGCUAUUAUAUGGCGGUAGAUAUUUACCGACUUGUUAUAAAUAUUUGUAUGAUAUGAUAAUCUUUAAUUUUUGUAAGACAAAAAUCGUGUAAAUAUAUAAACCCAUUUCUAGUUUA